UACAUCUACAAGGUGGACCUACAAGGUAGGAGAGUCUAAUAGAGUGGACAGUGAGUGGACACUAACCAGCUGAAAAUGCCCAUUUCCACUAUCAGUGCAAUAAUUAAGGAGCUCAAAACAACUAAAGAUGUUAAGAAUAUUAAUUAGGUCUUUGGGGUCAGAAUGUCUCCCAAACUACAAUCAGACACCACCUGUAUAACCACAGUUUGGUUGAGUUAAUUGCCAGAAAAAAAGCCUCUGCUGCCUACAGUUUGCCAGACGUUACUGGAAGUUUCAGUGGGACCGUGUUCUGUGCUCAUCAGGGAGAUAAUGAUCACCCAUUGCCUGGGGAGAUGGCCUUUUGUAGCUGGUCAAGUCUUUAAAGCUUUCCCAUAGAGCUGAUAGUUUGUCAGCUGAUGGCAUGCUACUCAGCUUGCAGGAGUAAAUCUUUUCCACUGCUUUUAUCAUUUUAUCUAUUGCCUGAUUGUACAAAGUUCUGUCUCCACUUUUAAACCACAUCUUUACAUCUUUGGACUGACAAUUGUUGAACCAGGUUUGUCAUUGUCUAUAAUUCCAGUCAUGGUGGAUGCAUGCUCAAACACACUCUAAACACACUAGGGGGCAGUCGUGGGCUGGAGAUUAGGGAACCAGCCUUGUGACUGGAAUUUAACCGGUUCGAUCCCCUGAGCCGUACCCAGUACGUGACUGAAGUGUCCUUGAGCAAGGCACCUAACCCCCAAGUGCUCCCUGGGUGCCAUAGAUAGGGCUGUCCACCACUCCAGGCAGGUGUGCUCACUGCCCCCUAGUGUUCAUUUCCUAGUGUGGGACUAAUAAGGGUGCCUUAACUAACAAUCAGUUUCUUCUAGACGGUCAUGUGGCUUGUGUUUUGCCUAAUUUGUCUACUUUUUCACAGUACUGACAACAGGUUUAGUAGAUUUUAGCUUCUGUCUGAAGGUUGGGAGGAGAUGAACUAGACAGUGAUCAGAGAGGACCAAGAUGUGCUGGAAACAGAAGCAUAUGCAAACUUUAAAACAGUGUUAGCAGUGAUCUAAUGUGUUAUAUUCCUUCUGGGGCAGGUAACCUUAUCUGUAUUUCAUCAGUUUUUGUUAUUUUGGCCUUCUGCCUGUGAGCCUACAAAUUGAAUUCACAGAGCAGAAGAUUCACUGAAUAUCAGGCACACUAUGGCAAUAAACAGCUUUCUUGAUUUCACAAACUCAACCAGCUUUUCAGACAUUUUAGUCAGCAGAUGUAGACAGAGGCACAGAUGAGGGAAAUGUGCUGGCGCAGAUUAAACUCCAGUAAGGUUUACGCACACCACUGUUCAGAAGCCUCCUGGUGAAUCUUUGCUCAUUCUGUAAUAAAAUGGACAAGGCCUUACUGCUAAACAGACUUCCUUUUUCCUUUUUUUUUAUUUCACUGAUCACCAACCGACCAGACUGUUUGUCCCUAUUUAUUUGUUUGUCAUGAUUGAAUUUGACUUGUUUCCCACACUUUUUUUCUCCUCCAGAAACGAAUGACAUUACAAGUCUUCUCCUGCUUCUAGUGUCCACAUUCCUACACAGUUCAAAUUUACUUCCACAAAGAAAUGGAAGCUACCAAGAGGAAUACGUUACACUUGUGAGAGUGUGGGGUAAAUGGUGUCUAGAAGCUCUAGGACUCAGAAAACUCAGCUCACAGACAAGCACAAAAGAACAUGGGCAAACAUCACUGCUCAGAUUGUGGGAAAAGCUUUACUAAGAACAGUAGUCUCCAAAAACAUCAGCUCGUUCACACAGGAGAGAAACCGUAUACCUGCUCAGAGUGUGGGAAGAGUUUCGGUCAAAAGAAUGUUCUCCAGCAACACCAGCUCGUUCACACGGGGGAGAAACCGUAUACCUGCUCAGAGUGUGGACAGAGCUUUAAGCAAAAGGGUUAUCUCCAAAUACAUCAGCGCAUUCACACAGGAGAGAAACCGUUUCAGUGCUCACAGUGUGAAGAGAGCUUUAUUAGAAAGAGUAGCCUCCAAGCACACCAACACGUUCACACAGGAGUGAAGCCGUAUCAGUGCUCAGAGUGUGGAAAGAGUUUUACUAGACUGAGUUCUCUCCAAGUACACCAACGCAUUCACACAGGAGAGAAACCGUAUCACUGCCCAGACUGUGAUCAGAGCUUUACUGUAUAUUGUCAUCUGAAGCAACACCAGCGCAUUCACACAGGAGAAAAACCGUAUCAGUGCUCAGAGUGUGGGAAGAGUUUUAGAGGAAGUGGUGCGUUCAAAAUACACCAGCGCAUUCACACAGGAGAAAAACCGUAUAAGUGCUCAAAAUGUGGGAAGGGUUUUAAAGAGAACAGUGCCCUCAAAUUACACCAGCGCAUUCACACUGGAGAGAAACCGUAUCACUGCUCAGAGUGUGGACAGAAUUUCAAGGUACUGAGUCAUCUCCAAGAACACCAGCACAUUCACACCGGAGAAAAACCGUAUUCCUGCUCAACCUGUGGGAUGAGUUUUAGAAAACGCAGUGCCGUCAAAAUACACCAGCGCAUUCACACAGGAGAGAAACCGUAUCAGUGCUCAACAUGUGGGAAGUGUUUUAGAGGAAACGGUGCUCUCAAAAUCCACCAGCGCAUUCACACAGGAGAGAAACCAUAUAAAUGCUCAGAGUGUGGACAGAGUUUUACUGAUGGGAACACUCUCAAAACCCACCAGCGCAUUCACACUGGAGUGCGACCGUAUUACUGCUCAGAGUGUGGACAGAGUUUUACUCAACAGACUCAACUCAAACAACACCAGCGCGUUCACACAGGAGAGAAACCGUAUCCCUGUAAAGAGUGUGGAAAGAGUUUUAGACAAAGUGGUGCUCUCAAAAUACACCAACGCAUUCACACAGGAGAGAAACCGUAUCAGUGCUCAGACUGUGGAAAGAGUUUUACUGUUCUGUGUAAUCUCCAAGAACACCAGCGCAUUCACACAGGAGAGAAACUGUAUCCCUGCUCAGAAUGUGGGACAAGUUUUAGAAGAAGCAGUGCUCUCAAAAUACACCAGCGCAUUCACACAGGAGAGAAACCGUACCACUGCUCAGAAUGUGGAAAGAGUUUCAUUACCAGCGGUCAUCUCCAAGCCCACCAGCGCGUUCACACAGGAGAAAAACCGUAUCACUGCUCAGACUGUGAGAAGAGUUUUCCUGAUGGACGCACUCUGAAAAUCCACCAACGCAUUCACACAGGAGUGAAACCGUAUUACUGCUCAGAGUGUGGGAAGACUUUUACUCAACAGAGUCAACUCACACAACACGAGCGCGUUCACACAGGAGAAAAACCGUAUCACUGCUCAGACUGUGGGAAGAGUUUUCGUCAGCACAGUGCUCUCCAACAACACCGGUAUGUUCACACAGGAGAGAAACCAUUUCCCUGUUUGGAGUGUACAAAACGUUUUAUCUCAAGACGUGAUCUCCAACGACACCAGCAAAUCCACACAGGAGAGAAACCGUUUUCCUGCUCAGAGUGUGGACAAAGCUACUCAGACAAAUGUUAUCUCCAAAAACACCAGUGCGUUCACACCUGAGUGAAGCCGUAUUCAUGCCUAGAGUGCAGGAGAACCUUCAGGCACUCAAAUUUAAAGACACACAGUUUCAUUAUGAGUGAGCCCAAUGAUAAUAUCCUGAACAACAUCUUCCACACACUUUGGUUAUAUGGGUUCAGGUUAGGAUAUUGUAUUCCAGUGGUGUAGUCCAGGGGUCACUAAUCUUGUCCACAGUGGGCAGAGAUGGCUGCAGGUUUUCAACCCUUAUUGUCGGAACAAUGUUUUUUGGAGCCCUGCUCCCAUGAGGUACCUUUCUUAACUAACAUUAUUGGCAUGUGAUUAAGUGUUGCCAAUUAAAUACGUUGAGCUUUAAAAGCUAGGAAUUCAAGUCUUACAUUUUUUUCUGUCACAAAGUAUUACAUCUAGCAUUGGCACAUUUCCCUCUAUUUCACAGCACCCACUAAUGUGUUCCUGUAGAAUGGCGAAAUGGACACGAGGGAGUUGUAACAUCAUUUCACAGCAGCCGCAUAACUGCAGACAUUUUUUGUUUAUCGGCCUUGUGAGCGUAGGCAUCGGCCAGUUAUCUCAAAAUGACAUUUAAUCAGCUGAGUAAUUGGUUGACCACUGAUGCACACCAUACCGUAGAGUCAGCAUUUCUUAAUGGUUAGCAGUACAGAGCAUGUUCAACCAGCUCAGCUACGUUUAUAGAACAUUGGGCCUCAUUCAUCAGUAUCCUCUUAAGUGUGUUCUUAAAUGUGUGCUUGAGAAAGGUCCUAAGA